UUAUUGUCACUGCGAUUGAACACCGCUAGGACCUCGUGAGCCACUAACGGGUGACUCAUGGGUUCUUUAAAUUGUAAAUUGUCUCUUUAACUGCAAACAGCUCUUGACUGGAUUGAUGGCUUUCAGUCACAGCGUACCUUGAACGGCAAGAAAAGAAACGAAAAGUCAUCUGAUGUUACCCAGAUUCAGAAGUAGCCUUAUUUUGGCCGGUUGCUUUAAGCAGCAGUAUACUUUCUUAAGUGAGAAUAUUUUCAGUCGCCUUUUAGCUAUUAGUUUUGACAAAUAACAAUUGAAAGGAAAAUAACACUAAUAAUAAUAACUACCAUUUAUUGAGCGCGUAGGACAGACCCUGUGCUUGUUGCAUUUAAUACUGGCAGAAAGUUCGUGUUGUUUUUCUCAUCUUACUAAUGAGGAAACUGGCGACUUGUGGUUAGAAGUCUGCCCGUGACCGCACAGCUGAGGGUGGAGUAGUCCCGACCCGAAGCCCAGAUCUCUGACGCCAGAGCCUGUCUUGUACGGAGCACUGCUGGACGGUGACCUGGGGCUCUUCAGGGUUUUCACUUGGUGCCUUGGUCUCUGUUCACUUGGUUACGAGUGUGGCCUCAGCUAGAUAUUACCUUCUUAAAGGAAUCCUGUUUAUCUUUAGCCGUUCUCUGUUGUUCCUAAUUGCCGGUAGGAACAACUGAAAUAAGAUGGGGUAGCUGGAGCUGUUAAUGUGUCUACACCGAAUUCAUGUAAUCUGCUGUAUGGGCGAAGCGGGAAGUCAUACAGGUGCCUGAGACCGUGGUUUCUCAGCAUGAAGUCCCUUGAUGUCAGACAGGGGUGAGCCCAGAGGUACGAACACUCGGCGUAGUUGUGAGUGAUGGCUUUGCCCUGUCUCUUCCCUCCAGAAACACAGCAGAGUGCAGGUGGUCAAAAUGGUGCUAUGAUAAGACUGAUCUCUUUGUUUGUUUAUUUUUUUUAAGUCACAGAAUGGAGUGCAUGUUACUAAUAACAGCUUCCUUGUGAUGUGCUCCCAGCUGUCUGACCCUCCUCCUUGUUCUGUUUUUGUCAGCAGUCUGAGGUAAUGAGGCCCUGAACGACUGAGUUAUGCUAAGUAAAAUUCACCUAAGACUGAGGAUAGACAGGGAAUGCCAGUUCAGUGCCCACAGGAGAAGUGUCACUUCACCAAAGGUUGCUUUGGGCAGUCAGUGAAUUCUCUCUCUUGUCCGGCUUCAGGCUGCAUGUGAACAGGAGCCACUUUCAUGACCAGUCACAGUCACGGGGUCUCUAUUCUGGAGGGCUGCACCAUCCAUCUCUGGAGCGGGUAGGACUGCUUGGGAAUUAGAAGGUUUCUUGUGUAGCAAGAAAUCCAAAAGGAAUUAAAUGAGUGUAGUGUGUGAUGGCAUUGGGCUCAGACAAGCUGACGCAUUUGUCUCCAUGUUUAGCGUGCCUUCAUCAGUGGACCUCAGACGUCUCGGCCUAUGUUCCCCUUUCCUGGACAGCAUCAGGGUCAGACAUUGUCACUAUGUGCCUUUCCUCUAUGGUGGCACGUUCUCCUCUGCGGCUCCUUGGCUGCCCCCACUUCUCUGCUUGGCAUGUUCUGUCUUUAGUAGAUAAAUCCAGUCCUGCUGGCUGUCCUGCUCCUCCUCCUCAUCCUGGUGACAUUGCUUAUCUGGGCUGUGACCAUUACAUGCUGCCCUCCCAGUUUAUGAUUCCCAGGGGCUUUCUUUGCCCCCAUUGGAACUGUAGCGCCCAGGUAUUUUUAGUAGAAAUAGAAUUUUUCUGUAUUUGAAAAGGCAGUGUUGACACUCAAGGAUGCAAAUACUGUAUCAUUUUGUUUUGGAACCACUAUCUUGGUCCCUAAGUGGGGAACUCAAUGGAGCCAAGGAUUUCCGUCAGUAGCCUGCAUUGAGCACCGCUCUGAGUGGAAGAUAUUAGAGGGGUGGGGCAGUCUUGGAGUGGUGGUUUCUGCUUUCAAGGAUCUUACGGUGUGAUGGAGGAGACACACUGCAGUGUGAUGUGCAUGCAGGGGAUAUCGUGGUGGCAGAAGGCAGUGGGCCAGGUGCUUUACCUGAGGCCCAGGAGAGACUUCAGAGCAGCACCUAAUGGUAGACUUGGAAGGAUCCGUGGGAAUUUGCCUGGUGGUCAAGAGGAGAAGGGCGUCCGCAGCAGAGGGAUCAGCUUCUGCCUGAAAAUCAUUCAUCUAUCGUUGUUAUCCUUCCAGGCAUUGUGGACAGCAGACUGGUGAUUUAGACAUCUUCACCCCUGCCCCCUAAGAGGCAGAAACAGAGACGUUUCAAAGCAAAAUGCAAACGUUUUCUUUUGUCAAGGAACUUGUUGGGAUGACCAGCACAUGCAGUAGGCCGUAUGCAGUGACAGUUGAUUCCAUAUUCCACCAUGCUUGUUCCUACACAUCUGUCUGUAAUUGUCUGUCCUUGAAGUGGCAGGCCUGCGAUGGAGGGGCAGCCUAGCCAUCCUUUGGCUGAAGUGCCUUGCCUUGCGUUGUGGGCUUCUUCUCGACAGCUUUACAUCCUGGCCUCGUGGGCUUGCCACCAGCUGUUCCCAGGGAAUGUCUGGGAUUGUAGUUGAGAGGCAGGCUAGGCGUCUCGAUGGUUUUCCAUGGAGCUGGGACCUUGUGAAAUGGUGAUUUUCAGAGGGGCCUGUGGGAUGUAUAAGGACAGGUGUGGAGCCUCCAAGGGCCCAUUUGUCUACCCCUCCACCUGGAAAGUCUCUCCAGGGGUGAAAGAGGUUACCAGUUACUGCAGAGAUGAAACGAGAUUGAGAACUUGCAUACAGCAUCACGUUUUGACCAGCCUCAGUAACUCCCUCCAUUUCUCUCACUCAGGUGUCCUUUCAGUUUUCAAAUACUUCUGUGAGCCAGGCACCGUGAGCCAGACUGGCGCCCAGUGCUUUUUGAUUAGCUACACUGGAUGGUAGUUACCCAGGUUUUCACACGUUUCAGUCAACAGUCCUUUCUAAUACAAAUCCUCACUGCUAGUUUUAUACUUCAUAGUAGACCUAACCUUUUUAUAUUCUUAACAGCAUUAUUAUUAUCCCAUAGUGUCUUUGGUCUGUAGGGUGCCAACAACAGAGAGGAACGUGUGGAUUAUUAGAGCCACACAUUCUGGGUUCGCACACAGGGACACUCCCAUCACCUGUCACUCGCUGCAUGGGUAGACCAGGUUAUGCCAACCACCUGUGGGUGCCUAUUCAUGGUGACAGAGUGAGAGAGGAUUAUCAGAGUAAAUGCUCCUGGAAAAACAGGUGCACCUAUGUCCUACUGCUGUUGAGUCAGUGUUGGCCCCUUCUUGUGAGGGCCACUGCUUAGGCUCUUAUCUGAAAAGUCUGUGGGAUUUGUAAGCUGGAGAGGAAAGUCACGUACAUUUUUGUCCUGAAACAUAUGAAACACAGAAGAGUACAUAGGAUAAUAUGAAACUUAUUUUAAAUAAAGUAAAUGCUAACAUUUCUGCAGCAUGAAUAAUAGCUCACACCUUAUCUGUUGAUGAGGAAGUGAACUGAUAACAUCCUCAGUACACUUCAGAAGGGGUAACCAGCUGCCAAACUUUGGGCAAAGCUUUGCUCCCUUAAACUUAGCCACCAGGAUGGGCUAAAAGAUAGCUGAUCCUGCUAGAAAUGAAAGAUGGGACCAGCCACCUCUGUGAGAUGCUUUCUCUGCCCCUGGUCCAAGGUGGCUGCCUUUCCAUGUGUCCUUGUCUCCCUGCUUCCCCCAUACAGUGCAUAGUCACCAUGUCCCAUGCAGUGCUUCUUUCAUUUUGCCCCUCUAGAUCCAAGCUGUGGCCUUGGGCACUGUCACGCCAGCUCUCCUGGGAGGGGAGCUUGCCCUGUGAGUGCUUAGGCCUGUGUGUCCAAUACAGAUGCAUGUGGCUAUUUACACUCAAAUGAGUUAAAUUUAGAUAAAUAAAAACCCAGUUCCUCAGUCUCCCAGGCCCCAUCCCAGCUCGGUGGCCACCUGUGACAGUUACAGAGCCAGUUAUGGAGCUUCUCUGCCUGCAGGUUGGUCUUCAGCCAGCACCCAUACAGACAUAAGCGCCUUCAGGAAUGGGCCCUGGUGUGGCUGGUCAGCUUUUUAUACUCAGAACCUAGGAUGCUGUAGGUGAUUAGGAUUAUUUGUUGCAUCAAUAAAUGUGUAUUUGUUUGUUAUACGGAUGCAAUUUGGGAACCAAAUGUUAAUCUUGGAAUUCUUACUCUCAAUCUGACAAAUGAAGUUUGAUAAAACCUUCUUUCUCUUUCUCCUGUCAGGUAUCAUGAUAUUACUUGGUUUGAUUUCAAGCUAUUUUUGAGACUUUAAAUCUCCUCCUGAAAAUGGAAAACCAAGUGCAGUCCUUCCCAGGAGCUCUUGGCUGUUGCUAAUGGCAGAAACCAAACUUGCUAGCAGUUCUCUUGCAGCCCUUGAGUGUCAGCCCAGCCUGUGUCGUCCUGACCAUGGAUGGUGUGUCGGCCGUGCAGGAUGGCCUCUUGGAGGACGGAGCUGGCAAUGGGACCUCAGCUCACCCUGAGGCCCUCCCAAAGUCCCCGGGCUCGCUGGCACCGCCUGACCAGCGUGAUGAAGCACAGCGUGCCACUGUUGAGGUGAGCAGAGCUUCAGAUGAAGGAGAAAGCCUGGAUGUACCUAGCAAGGGGGACACCUGUCAGAACGGGCCGACGCCACAGUUCCCAGACCCUCCGUCAUCUCUUGGUCCCACCACAAGCCCAGUGGGUCCUGAUGCCUCCCCAGGUGUGGCUGGUUUCCAUGACAACCUAAGGAAGUCUCAGGGGACUAGUGCUGAGGGCAGUGUUAGAAAAGAAGCCUUGCAGUCUCUCAGACUCAGUCUUCCUAUGCAAGAAACGCAACUGUGCUCAACAGAGGCUUCACUGCCCCUGGAAAAGGAAGAGCAGGUCCGACUUCAGGCUCGGAAACGGCUGGAAGAACAGCUCAAACAGUACAGGGUGAAGCGCCAGCAGGAAAGAUCCAGUCAACCUGCAACUAAAAUGAGACUUUUUAGCACACUUGAUCCUGAACUCAUGUUGAACCCAGAAACCUUACCAAGGGCCAGUGCUGUGGCUAUGACGAAAGAAUAUUCCUUCCUGCGCACCAGUGUCCCUCGGGGGCCAAAGGUGGGCAGCUUAGGGCUCCUGGCACAUCCUAAGGAGAAAAAAAGUUCAAAAUCAGGCAAAAUUCGGUCUCUGGCUGAUUACAGAACUGAAGACUCAGAUGCCGGGAAUUCUGGUGGAAAUGUUCCGGCUGCAGACUCUGCCGGGGGUUCCCUGAAGCAGAGCCGAAGCAGCACGACAUCGGUGGUGUCUGAGAUCAGCCUGUGUCCUGAGGCUGAGGACCGCCUGGAGAACUCAUCCCUGACGGGGGACAAUGCGUCUGAGGCUGAUGGGAAUGAGAGUGACAGUUCCUCCUACAGCAGCGUCUCCACCCGCGGGACACUUGGCCUUCUGGCGAACACCGUGGGCACACGUGAAGCCUCCUACAUGGUCAACGGCCAGGAGAUUGCCACCGGUGCCCUGGGCCAGUUUCCCUCCAUCACGGAUGUGCUGCAGGCCGCAGCAGCCAAACACCAAGACCGGGGGCAGGAGGUCAACGGGGAGAUGCGGAGCCGGACAGAUAGCAUCGGCAGCAGCGUGUCUGUGGAAAGCUCUGUUGCUGAAACUCAUGAUGAAAUGUUGCAGGUUCUUAAAGAAAAAAUGAGACUUGAAGGGCAGCUGGAAGCUUUAUCAUUGGAGGCUAGUCAGGCACUUAAAGAAAAGGCAGAGCUGCAGGCUCAACUGGCUGCCCUGAACACAAGGCUCCAGGCGCAGGUGGAGCACAGCCAUAGCAGCCAGCAGAAGCAGGACUUGCUCAGUUCAGAGGUGGACACCUUGAAGCAGUCUUGCUGGGACCUAGAGCGAGCAAUGACUGACCUGCAGAACAUGCUGGAAGCCAAGAAUGCCAGCCUGGCGUCCUCCAACAGUGAUCUGCAGGUGGCAGAGGAGCAGUACCAAAGACUCAUGGCCAAAGUAGAAGAGAUGCAGAGAAGUAUCCUCAGUAAGGACAACACAGUGCAUGACCUGCGACAACAGAUGACAGCCUUGCAGAGCCAGCUACAACAAGUGCAGCUGGAGCGCACAACACUGACCAGCAAGCUGAAGGCGUCCCAGGCGGAAAUCUCAUCCCUGCAGAAUGUCCGGCAGUGGUACCAGCAGCAGCUUGCCCUGGCCCAGGAGGCCCGGGUCAGACUGCAGGGUGAGAUGGCCCACAUCCAGGUUGGACAGAUGACCCAGGCAGGCCUCCUGGAGCAUCUGAAACUUGAGAACGUGUCCCUGUCCCACCAGCUGACGGAAACCCAGCACAGGUCCAUCAAGGAGAAGGAGCGCAUUGCUGUCCAGCUCCAGGGCAUCGAGGCUGACAUGUUGGACCAGGAAGCUGCCUUUGUGCAGAUUCAAGAGGCAAAGACGAUGGUGGAGGAGGACCUGCAGAGGAGGCUGGAGGAGUUUGAAGACGAGAAGGAGCAGCUGCAGAAGAUGGCGGCCUCAGCAGCUACCCUGGAGCAGCAGUUGGAGCAGGUGAAGUUGGUUUUGCAUCAGCGAGACCAGCAGCUUGAGGCCUUGCAGCAAGAGCACCUGGACCUGCUGAAGCAGUUUACCUCGACGCAGGAGACUCUGCAGACCAGGGAGCAGUCCCUGGGUGACCUGCAGGUGCACUAUGAUGAGCUACAGGCCAGGCUGGAGGAGCUGCAAGGGGAGGCCGCCUCCAGGGACGACACGAUUCGCUUCCUACAAAACGAGAAGAUUGUCUUGGAGGUGGCUUUGCAAGCGGCCAAGAGCAGCAGGGAGGAAUUUGAUAGAGGAGCAAAACGCUUGGAGGAAGGUACCGAGGAAACAUCAGAAAUUUUAGAUCAAUUGAGACAAGAAUUAGCCAUCAAGUCCAGCCAGGUGGAACAGUUAGAGCAGGAGACUACCACUCUGAAAAAACAGACACAGAAAAUAAAGGAACAGUUUCUUCAACAAAAGGUGAUGGUGGAGGCUUACCGGCGGGAUGCCACCUCCAAAGACCAGCUCAUCAGUGAGCUGAAGACCACAAAGAAGAGGCUGGACUCGGAGAUGAAGGAGCUGAGGCAAGAGUUGAUUAAACUUCAAGGGGAAAAAAAGUCUGUGGAGAUGGAACAUUCGCGCUUGCAGAAGGAAGUGUCCCAAGUCCAUCAGCGGAUGGCGGAUCUCGAAGGGCAUCUCCAAUCAGUGCAGAGGGAGCGGGACCAGAUGGAGACGCACUUACAGUCUUUGCAGUUCGAUAAAGAGCAGAUGGUUGCUCUUACGGAGGCCAAUGAGGUGCUCAAGAAACAAGUAGAAGAGCUUCAGCAGGAAGCGACGAGGGCCAUCACUGAACAGAAGCAGAAGAUGAAGCGGCUGGGCUCAGACCUGACCAGUGCUCAGAAGGAGAUGAAGAGCAAGCAUAAGGCCUAUGAGAAUGCCGUGGGCAUCCUCAGCCGCCGCCUGCAGGAGGCCCUCACAGCCAAGGAGUCAGCUGAGGCAGAGCUGAGCCAGCUGAGAGCCCAGGUGGCCAUCAGCGGCAACGACCUCACUCUGCACGAGAGAAUCCAGGCCCUAGAGGUGGAGCUGCAGACCGUCAGCCACAGCAAAAUGAUGCUGGAGAAGGAGCUCCAGGAGAUCAUUGCAAUGACCAGCCAAGAGUUGGAGGAGUACCGGGAGAAGGUGCUGGAGCUGGAGGACGAGCUUCAAGAAUCCAGAGGCUUUAGGAGGAAGAUAAAGCGCCUAGAGGAGUCGAAUAAGAAGUUGGCUCUUGAAUUAGAGCACGAGAGAGGGAAGCUUACAGGCCUUGGACAGUCCAAUGCAGCUUUGCGGGAACACAACAGCAUCUUAGAAACAGCUUUGGCCAAGAGGGAAGCAGACCUAGUUCAGCUGAAUCUUCAGGUGCAGGCAGUUUUGCAGCGCAAAGAGGAGGAGGACCGCCACAUGAAGCAGCUUGUCGAAGCCUUACAAGCCGCUUUAGAGAAAGAAAAGGUGAAAGUACACAGCCUCAAGGAACAGGUUGCUGCUGCCAAGGCGGAAGCAGGGCAUAACCGCCGCCACUUUAAGGCUGCCACCUUAGAGCUGAGCGAGGUGAAGAAGGAGCUGCAGGCCAAGGAACACCUGGUGCAGAAGCUGCAGGCAGAGGCUGAUGGUCUCCAGAUUCAGGAGGGGAAACAUUCCAAGGAAAUAGCACAGUUCCAGGUGGAGCUGGCAGAGGCCCGGACCCAGCUUCAGCUCCUGCAGAAGCAGCUGGACGAGCAGCUGAGCAAGCAGCCCGUAGGAAACCAAGAGAUGGAAAAUCUCAAAUGGGAGGUGGAUCAGAAAGAGAGAGAAAUCCAAUCCUUGAAGCAGCAGCUGGACUUGACUGAACAGCAGAGUAAAAAAGAAUUGGAUGGAAUACAGCAGCUAUUACAGAAUAUCAAAUCUGAGUUGGAGAUGGUACGGGAAGAUCUGUCCAUGACCCAGAAAGAUAAGUUUAUGCUUCAAGCUAAAGUGUCGGAACUGAAGAACAACAUGAAGACUCUACUUCAGCAAAACCAACAGCUCCAGCUAGACCUGCGACGCAGUGCAGCAAAGACGAGAAAGGAACUGAAAGGCGAGGCCACCUCUUCCAGCCCCGUGACGCCAGUUAAGAUCCCCGAUUGCCCCGUUCCAGCCUCGCUGCUGGAGGAGCUGCUGAGGCCCCCACCUGCCGUGAGCAAGGAGCCCCUCAAGAAUCUCAACAGCUGUCUCCAGCAACUGAAGCAAGAGAUGGACAGCCUGCAGCGCCAGAUGGAGGCUCAUACAGUCAUCGUGCAUGAGUCGCUGUCCUCGUGGACUCAGGGGGACCCUGCCACUGGCCCCGCUCCCCCUGGGGAUCAUGCGAACCCCAGGGGAGACACAGCGCGACAUGGCCAGAGCAGGGCCUCGAGAGAGGGGCUUGGAGCAGUGGCCACUGAGCAUCCCAACCCCAAGUGUUUGUAACUACCCAGAGGAAUAUUCUCUUAUCAGUAUUAUUUAUUUGACCUUG